AUGUCGAUGUUAAAAACUGUUGUAACAAAAUUAUCCGUUUUACCCAAAGCCGGUGUAGCACAUAGUGUUGCCAUUGCCAAUGCCAGUAAUCAUCGUUAUAACUUUGAUCAUCAUGACUUGUCAGUGGUACCGCAUGAACAACUUAACUUAUGGCGUACACCAUAUAAAGGUGAUGAUGAUACAAUAACACAGGUAAAAAGUCGAAAAGGCAUGUUAGAUCGUUAUGUUGAACGUCGUACACGUCGUAUACAAGAAUUGCAGUUACACUGGUUGCAACAUUCUGAUCGAGAAGUUUAUUUAAUGUUUAAUCGUGAUAAAAUUAUUUUAACGCUGUAUGCUCUAGCUGGCGGUCUAGCAUUAUUUAUAACAGCGAAAGCUGGAUAUGAUCAAAUGAAAAAGAAAGAUCGACUUAAACGUAAGCAGCAAAUGAACAAAUAG